AUGAAGACACGCUAUACCGCUCUGGGCGAACUUUAUGUGCCGUUCCUCGAAACGCCUAAAUAUUCUUGGAAGUUGUCCGUGUAUCAGAGUGUGGGCUUUGCUGGAUGCGUGGUGCUGAUGAGAGCUGAAGGAAAUCAUCGUUUGGGCGUGAAGAAAGUUGAUUUUUCUAAACGGGGUCCCCGGGACACGGAAUCCCCGCGCGACAAAAUCCCUGACACGAAAUCCCCGCCAUACCCGCGCACAGCUAAUGAUACAGCCAUCUAUGAUGGUUGUGGGUUGUCGAAAGGGUGCUUCGGGUCACCGGAAGGCUGCACGGAAAAGCGCAAGUGUGAUAAGGUGGUGACCUACUCCACGACCUCGGAUGGCGAAGCAUACCGUUUCGAACUGCAGGGUGGCGUUGCCGAACUUCAGAACGGCGACGCGUACAUUGCUGUUGGCUUCUCCGAUGAUGGUUGCGUCGUAGAAACGGAAGUUGAGAAGGUGGCCGAUGAGAAACUGUACGUGAAACGUGAUCACAUUCUAGAGCGGUUUCUGAAAAAGAACUCGAAAGUGGAUGUUCGCUUCAAGUUGAACGAGGGCAGCUAUAGACGCAAGCAUGUGGCACUUGAGAAAGCUUCGGAAUGUAUCGGAAUGGACAAUAUUUUCCCGGAAUUUCCUCAGGAAGCUGAGCCAAUUUUGAAGUUGACUUAUGCUCGUGAAUAUCGGAGUGAAUUCCGCCCCGCUCCUGGUUCGGUUGCUGCUGUCGAAGAUGAGCAUGCCCCUGGCACGCGGAAAAUCCGUUGGUUUAACCGUCAUUUAAACGAGCUGCAACGGAAGGCUGUUCUCAACAUUUUUAAUUCAAGCACAAAGGCACCGUACCUCCUAUUCGGUCCCCCAGGAACUGGAAAAACGGUGACACUGGUGGAAACUAUCAUGCAAACCUACGACAUGCUUCCGGAGUCCCGGUAAGUUGAU